CGGGGGGCGGACGGGCCGGUUCGGUUCGCUAAGAGUCCCUGCGGGCACCGACCGCGCCUCCCGCCGCGCCCCGCGCGCCCUCGCUUCGCCGGCGCCUCUCGGGGGGGACUCCUUUUUAUACCUCUCCCUCCCUCCCCCCCCUUUUUAAAUCUUCCCGUUUCCCCCUCCCCGCCCGCCUCUUCCGGCCGGUUUUCCAGGCUGUUUCCGGCUGGUUUUUCGGGCGGUGGUUUGUAUCUUUAUUAUUUUUUUUUUUUUGUGGCGGGGAGAGGGGGCGGUCGGCGAGAGAUGCUGGAGGUGGCGGCGGUGCCGGCGGGGGCCGCCGCGGGCGGGUCGGAGCAGCGCGGGAGCCGCUUCAGCGUCCUGACGUGGGAGCAGGUGCAGCGGCUGGACCAGAUCCUGGGGGAGGCUGUGCCCAUCCACGGCCGGGGCAACUUCCCCACGCUGUCCGUGCGGCCCCGCACCAUCGUCCAGGUUGUCCGUAGCCGCCUGGAGAAGAAAGGAAUCACAGUCCAUAACGUCAGGUUGAACGGCUCAGCAGCCAGUCACGUUCUGCAUCAAGACAGUGGCUUGGGGUACAAAGACCUGGACCUCAUUUUCGGUGUGGACCUGAAGACAGAAGACGUUUUCCAGCUCGUCAAAGACGUGGUCAUGGAUUGCCUGCUCGACUUCCUCCCCGAGGGGGUCAACAAGGACAAGAUCACCCCCAUGACUCUGAAGGAGGCCUAUGUGCAGAAGCUGGUGAAGGUGUGCAACGAGACCGACCGCUGGAGCCUCAUCUCGCUCUCCAACAACAGCGGGAAGAACGUGGAGCUCAAAUUCGUGGACUCCCUCCGGCGGCAGUUCGAGUUCAGCGUGGACUCCUUCCAGAUCAUCCUGGACUCGCUCCUGCUCUUCGGGGAGUGCUCGGAGAACCCCAUGGCCGAGAACUUCCACCCCACGGUCACCGGGGAGAGCAUGUACGGGGACUUCGAGGAGGCCAUGGACCACCUGCGGAACAGGGUCAUCGCCACCAGGAACCCCGAGGAGAUCAGGGGAGGGGGGCUCCUGAAGUACUGCAACCUCCUGGUGAGGGGGUUUAAGCCCAAGUCGGAGGUGGAUAUGAAGGCACUACAGAGGUACAUGUGCUCCAGGUUUUUCAUAGACUUCUCUGACAUCGGCGAGCAGCUGAGGAAGCUGGAAUGUUACCUCCAGAGCCACUUUGUUGGGAUGGAGAGCAACAGAUAUGACUAUUUGAUGACCCUCCACAGGGUGGUCAAUGAGAGCACAGUCUGCCUCAUGGGACACGAGAGGAGGCAGACCCUGAACCUCAUUGCCAUGCUGGCUGUGAGGGUCCUGGCUGAGCAGAACAUCAUCCCCACCGUCACAAACGUUACCUGCUACUACCAGCCAGCCCCUUAUGUCAGUGAAAUAAACUUCAACUACUAUGUCACCCACGUGCAGCCCUUCCUGCCUUGCAAUCAGUCCUACCCAACGUGGCUUCCCUGUAACUGAGCCAGGACAAACGUCAGGGUCUGUCCUCCAAGUGCAGGAGGUGUUAUGGGUGUGCAAACUUGUGGUUUCUGCCAACAGAAGCCCGAGUGGCUAAUUCCUUUGAAGGACCAAAGAAUCCUGUUUAAGUGCCUGUAACAAUAUAAACACAACUGUACUGUAAACCUUUAUUAUUUUUGCAGGGGCUGAUGUCCCAAGAGCUUGAGUGGGGAAUGUCUGAAGAGGAAAAUGUUUCUGUUGCGGGGUGGGGAGGGUCGUGAGAUCAUUUCUAGUAACCUGGCUGAGGUUCUGUGUCGCUGAGGUUUGUUGUGUGUGGUUUUUUUUUUUCUUCUGGCAUGACUUGCUGCCUAUGAAGGACCAGCUGGAGCAAAGAGCUGUCAAAGUGGGGCUGCAUAAACCAGGGAGGUAUUGGAAUGGCUAAGUGUAAAUGCCUGAAACUGGGAACAGUGGGGAAGGGGGGGAGUGCAUGGUGGAAAAUGCUGUGCAGAGCUUUCUGGAAAAAGAGGCAGCAGGGACCUGGAUACGAAUUCCUUCAAGCUCCCAAGUCUGCAGUGCCAAAACAUGGCUGUGUUCCUAAAUGGCGAGGCAGAUGAUCUGUCCAGGAGCCUGCCCCAGGCUGCUGUACCUAAUCCUGUAUUUUCUAGGGGAAUUUGAAAUGCUGCUCUUCCUAUUUUUUUUUUUUUUUUUUUUUUUUUUUUUUUUUUGGCAUGCAGUGUGGUUUUAAUGCACAAAGCCAGAGGCCAGCUGGGUUAUGGGGGAAGAUGAGGCUUGUCAUUUUGAAGCACAAACCACCCAGUUGAGUAGUCAGUUGUUUCCAGCUGUUGCUGGAGCCUGUGUCCUCCGAGGAGAUGGGCAGAGCUCUUCCAGUCUGGAGAUCUUCCCUUGGGCAGGUCCUAUCUUCCAAAGCAGCCUGUUCCCAGCUAUGUGAUUCCAUCAGCAUUUGAAAUUCAUUCUCUAGCUAGAA